AUGGAAGAACUCGAGUUCUUCAUGAUCCUACUCCCAAAUUUCUUGAAGAAACUGAGGCUGCCAGACAAGUUCACCAAGUUACUCGAUGGCCGUGAGCCUCGGGAAGUGAAGCUGCGGGAGGCCGGGUGCCGACGUCGCUUGUGGGACGUGGAAGUAGUGUCCGACACCGACGGACACAUGUACCUGGGGAACGGAUGGGAGCAGUUUGCGCGUGCUCAUGACAUGCGGCUCGGACACUUCCUCGUCUUAAGCUACGAUGGCCACGCUGUGCUCACCGUGAAGGUGUUCGACGGUAGCAUGUGCCGCAGGCACUACCACCAAGACAAUGAUGCCAGCAGUGGAAGUAGCAGCGAUUGUGGCAACCCCUUGUUUUUCAUCAUGUACAUGGUUCAAUCUCUGGCACAGCAGGGAGCAGAGGGGGAAGGGGAAGCGCUAUCGCAGACAGGAGCAGAGGAAGACGACGGAGAGCAGUGCAUAUCCAAGAUGAGUAAUCCAUGUGAUUCAGAUGAAAGCCAGAAGGAAAGAUCUCAUUCUGCUGAGGAAUUGUCAGCAGAAGACACUCUAUCUGUAGACAAUUCUGUGGAGUCAGCUAAUCCACAGACACUUUCAAAUAACUAUGUCUUAUCAACGCAGUGCUAUCCCACAAAAGCACAGAGGGUGAAAAUAGAUGCGCUUAUAGAGAAAAUUAAACCUAAAUUUACAGUGCUAGUUGUACAGAUGAAGAAGUCGAACGUAAAACGGCAUGCUACUCUGAUAAUACAGAAGGAUUAUGCACUUGAGCACUUUCCAUGUGAAGAUACAACUGUCAUGCUCCAGCUGCCUGGGAAAAACAAGGACUGGAAAUGCACAUUGCGCAUCAGGCCAUCCGGCGUGUCUUAUCCAGGUCAACGCAACCUCUAUUUACGCAACUUUUCCUGUGACAAUCAUGUUAGAGAAGGUGAUAUCUGCCUCUUUCAACCUAUAACAAGUGUUAAGCACAGAAGAUUCAUAGUGAAAGUGCAUAUCCUUCACAAAGUGAGCAUUGACCAUUCCCCGGGAGGAACAACUGGCAUUGGCUCAAAUCGCGGAAGUACAAGUGCCAAGAUGGGCGGUGUGAAGGAUGAACCACCCACGGAUGGUGAAGAGUACUCUUCAGAACAUGAAGAGCAUGAAGUCUCUGAGGAUUCCGAGGGAGCUUUUGAGCAUCUCUUCAUGCUGUCAAACGGAGCUUCUCUAACACCAGCACAGAAUUUGAAAUGUCUGGAGAAAGUUGAGGGGAUUAAGUUCAAACCGCCCUUUUAUGUUGCUAUCAUGAGCAAGAGCACUGUCUGUCAGCGUGGCAGCCAACGUUGUCCCAGCCUACACUUUGGCAGUCAGUAUGCGGCCACAUAUCUUGUUCAGAAGUUUUCUGCUGACCUUCAUCGUGAAGAGAAUAGUCGAAUUAGUUUGGUGCUUCAGCGGGAGGGGAAGAGCAGAUCAUGGCCUACCAAGCUGCAAUAUAAGUAUCGCACGCGAGGCACGAGCAAUCAGAUGACCGUUCACCAUGGAUGGCCGUCUUUUGCCCGCGACAACCACCUGCGGGAUGGGGACAUCUGUCUCUUCAAGCUGAUGGAUAAUGAGGAGCAGCUGAGUAUGAUGGUCUACAUCGUCCGCCGCUAG